UCAAGUUAUAUGGUGGGGCAGGGCAGCCUUCGGCUAAGUGAUCGCUGGCCCCUGACCUCUGGUCAGACACACCCACGUAGGGGCAAUAAAAUCCUAAGCAGCCAGGGUUGGGAGGAAGAGGACCAGGCACCUGGACACUGGAAUCUGCAGCUUCUCUACUUGCCUAGAGCUCCUCAGCACCGAGAGGGAGCCCCAGUCAUGAAGAGGUUUCUCCUGGCCACCUGUCUGGUGGCUGUGCUGCUGCAGGAGGCAGGGGCAAUUCCAGCACUCCAGGUCCCUGUCAAGACCAAAGGCAAACAUGUGAUCCUUGAGCAGGAAACAGAGAAGGUCCUGGGUGCCAAAGCUGUGGAGCCCCUGGAGAAGGACCUCCAGCUUGGGGCACUGCUGCCUGUGCCCAAGCAGAAGCUUGCAGCUGCUGAGGAAAAGCGUUCAGAUGCCAGGAGCUGGGUGGAGACUGAAGACAUCCUGAGCCGUUUUCGGAACCCUCAUUACGGUCCGGAACUAGAUCUUGACAGCAUCCACCAUCCGAUGUAUGAGGAGGUCCAAGAUGAGGAAGUACCCCAGCCAUGGCCCCUGAUGUAUCGUCAGGUGCUCCAGGGGCCAGAGGAGGACCUUGACCACAUCUUCCACUCUCUGGAGGACUCCGAAUAACCCUAACCACUCUCCCACUCCUGUUCUGAGGCCCAGACUGUUGUGACCACUGACUCUCCCCAGCUAGCAAAAAUAAACACCUGCCAACAGGUAGAA